AUGAGAUCUUUUAAGUUGUUUAUUUUAGUUUCCUUAGCUAUUUUCGUUUUAAUGAGUAGCUCUAGGUAAGUGAAUGCUGAACUUGUAACCAUAACAUAGUUUAGUGAUAUAGCUGAUAAAGUAAGAAGCAAUCCUAAUUCUUUAUCUGCGAUUAUGGUAACUCGUUUAAAUUAAUGUGAAAGAUGCAAUGUCGGUGUUAAAGUUUUCAAAGAAUAUGCUGCUUUAGUUGAUGGAGUUGUUCUUACUUAUUUAGUAGAUUGUGAAAAAGUCUGGGAAAACUUUGAAGACCAACCAAGAAUUCCUGCAUGUGACCCUGAAAAGAAAGAUUAAUUACCUCAUAUUACUUUCUUCUAACCAGAAUCUGAUGAAUUAGACAUCUAUAAUAAGAAAAAUAAAAAACUACCUAAAGAUGUGCCCUAUUAAGGUAUGGUUAGUCCGGAUGCUUUAAUGCAAAAGUCAAAAGAAUUGCUUCCUUCUUUUAUUAAGACUAUUUCUAAUCCCAAGGACAUUGACAACUAUUUAAACUUUAAAGAAAUCCCAUUAAAGUUAGUUCUUUUCACAGAUGAGGAAUAACCACCUCUAUUUUUACGUGCCUUAAGUGGACAAUAUCGUGGCUAAGUUGAUUUUGGUUUAGCUGAUGUUGACAAUAGAAAGCUUAAAAAAAGAUAUAAUGUUUCAAAUUUCCCACUUCUUAUAGCAUUAAAAUUAUCAGGCACUGAUUAUGAAAGGGCCGAUUUCAGUGGUGAAUUUACUGUCCCAGCUGUUGCUUCUUUCAUUUAAGAAUAACUUAAAUCUAUGCAAGUUGACAAACAAAACACCAAAUAAAAUUAAGGAACAUACUUUGAUAUUCCCGAAAAUGUAGAUGUCCAAGAGUUAAAACCAGGCUAAAUUCUUGCAGCAUUGAAGAAAUAUAAAGAAAAUUUCGUAGCCUUCCAUCUUUAGAAAGGAAAAUCUUCUGAAACUGCUUAGAUUUUUGACUAGCUUAAAUAAGAUUUCGGCAACAUGUUUAAGUAUUACUAAGUUCAAUGUAAUGCUGAAUGCAAUGAAAUUUUUGGUAGUAGCUUAUCAACCUAUCCAGCUGUGAUAAUUUACCCAUUAAGUGGAACUAGAAAUUAACAAUAAUUUGUUAAAGUUAACAAAUAUGAUGACAAAAAUGAUUUAUCUUCAGAAAUUCUAAACUCCGUUUUAUACAGCAAUUUAGUUGAAAGUGAAGUGGAAAAUGAUUAAGAUGCAAGAAAGAAAAUAAGAGAAGGGCUUGAUGGUAAAAAGUAUUCUGUAAUUUUAGCUCAUGAUAAAUAUGACCACUAUCAAAAAUUGAUCUUCUUUAUAGUAACAUAGCAAUAGCGUUUCCGUAAAUACUUGAAUUUCGUUCGUUAUGUUAAUCCAACUUAAAGUGAAAUUAAAAAUUGGAGCUUAAAUGGUGUUCCUGGAAUCGUAGCUGUUUUAGAACUAAAUGACUUUUAAAACACUUUUAGAAGAUCUCCUUAUGAAUAAAAGGACUUCUAGUUUAAAUCUGUAGUUGAUUAUUUAAACUAAAUUGCCAUUUAAAAGCAAGAUGAAGUAGUUGACCAAAUAAAGGUUGAAGAAAUUAAAAAAUAAGAAGAACUUGAGGAGAAAUGUCUUCUAAAUACUGAGAAGCCUUGCUUAAUUGCUCUUUUCGAUAUGUCAAAGGAAGGUAAAUUUAAGUUAGACUUAGAGAAGAUUAACAAGAUUAAGAAGCUUUAUGCAGAUAGAGAUAUUGGUUAUUUCUAUAUUGAUGCUAAAUGCCACAGAGAGCUUUUAUAAUACUUUAAAAUUCAUGAUACAAAUCUUAACAGCUUAGUUUACUUAGACUAAAAGAAAACUAAGUAUAGAUUACUUAAGGAAGCUUUUGAACUUGAAAAUCUUAUCAGCUUUAUGGAUGACUUAUAAGGCAAGAAACCUAAAGGAUUAGUAGCCUUACCAGGUUCAAUAGAUUUGGAUGAAAGAGAUUGUGAUGCCUUUAAUGCAAGUGAAAAACAAAGAUUAGAAUAAGAAAGACUUCAAAAGAGCAAAAGCAAAUAUAAAAAAGAUGAGCUUUGA